GCCGCGACGAGCAUCCCCCCCGCUCGCCCGCUCGCCCCCCGGUUGCCGCCGAGCCUCCCCGCUCUGGGGCCGGGACCGGCACCGGCACCGGGCCCGGCGGGCGGCUGCCCCCCGCCCCUCCGCCGCCGCGCUCCCGCGGGGUGCCCUCCUCCUCCUCCUCCUCCUCCUCCUCCUCCUCCUGCCGCCGCCGCCGCCGCGCUCGGCCAUGUCGAUGCUGCCGUCGUUUGGCUUCACGCAGGAGCAGGUCGCCUGCGUCUGCGAGGUGCUGCAGCAAGGGGGGAACCUGGAGAGGUUGGGCCGGUUCCUCUGGUCGCUGCCGGCCUGCGACCACCUGCACAAGAACGAGAGCGUCCUGAAGGCCAAGGCGGUGGUGGCCUUCCACCGCGGCAACUUCCGCGAGCUCUACAAGAUCCUGGAGAGCCACCAGUUCUCCCCCCACAACCACCCCAAGCUGCAGCAGCUCUGGCUGAAGGCUCACUACGUGGAAGCCGAGAAACUGCGGGGCAGACCCUUGGGCGCCGUCGGCAAAUACCGCGUCCGCCGAAAAUUCCCUUUGCCCCGCACCAUCUGGGACGGCGAGGAAACCAGUUACUGCUUCAAGGAGAAAUCCCGGGGCGUGCUGCGGGAAUGGUACGCCCACAACCCCUACCCGUCUCCCCGGGAGAAGCGGGAGCUGGCGGAAGCCACCGGGCUCACCACCACCCAGGUCAGCAACUGGUUCAAGAACCGGAGGCAGCGGGACCGAGCGGCGGAGGCGAAGGAAAGGGAGAACACGGAAAACAACAACGCGGCCACCAACAAACCGAACCAACUCUCGCCGUUGGAUGGGAGCAAACCCCUCAUGUCCAGCUCCGAGGAAGAGUUUUCUCCUCCCCAAAGCCCGGAUCAGAACUCGGUCCUGCUCUUGCAGGGAAACCUCAGCCACGCCAGGAGCUCCGGCUACUCCCUGAGCGGCUUAGCCGCAUCCCAGACCCCUCACAGCCUCCAAGGUCACCAGCUCCAGGACUCGCUGCUGGGACCCCUCACGUCCAGCCUGGUGGAUCUGGGAUCCUAAAGGCCCGUGGCGGGCGGCCGGAGGAUCGGGAGAGGAGGUUUUGCUCGGGGACAGAGGCUCUGGGUUGUAUAUAGAGGACAGCACCCGGUUUUACAGUUCACCCGCCAAUUCUCGACAGGACUCUCGGCUCUUUUCACACAACCUCACAUCGGCUCCUGGUCCAGUUCCCUCCCCAGCGUUUCCCACUAUCACCAUGAUUUUUAUUUUUUUUUUUUUUUUUUUCCACGUAGCCAAACGCAGAGAGCGGCAGAAACCCUCAGCCCUUGGAGCUGGUCCUAACGGGAAUUACAAAAAAAAAAAAAAAAAAAAGAAAAAAAAAAGAAAAAAAGAAAAAAAAAAGAAUAAAAAUAAAUAACAACCCCCAACCCCAGCUGGAUCCGCUUCCACCCAGAUAACUGCCAGCCCCACAGGGGCGGUGGGACAGGGCGGCCGGCGUGGAGCUGGGAUAGAGGCAGAGGGAGCGGAGCGCUGUACCGAGCCGUGGCUUGUAGCGGGAGGAGGGAGGGGAAGUUACGUUUACAUUUUUCAUAUUUAGCCUUACCAGAAAGAUUUCGAUGUAGUUUAAAUUAAAAAAAAAAAAAAAAAAAAAAAAGGAGAAAAAAAAAAAAAGA